AUGGGGGUGGACCUCCCCGUGGGCCUCGGCUCUGGCAGGGACGCCCCGAUGUGCCACUUCAGGGGCUGCGGCUGCGCGAAGUUCGAGGAGAGGAAGGCCACGGGGCCCACCGAGGACGGGGAAGGGUCGGGGUGCACGUUCUGCGCCUGCUGCGGACACAAGCGGAGCCUCCACCUGUCCAGGGCUGCCAGCACGGGCAUGGGCCACGCCACGAGUUCCGCCGCGAACCCCCCGCCGUGGCCGCACGGCAGUGGCGCAGGCCUGGCGGAGGUAUCGGACGACAGCGUGUUGCGCGCGGUGCAGUGCCUGCUGGAUGCCACCCACAAGCGCACCUGCAAUUGGACGCAGGACCGAGGGUGCAAGAGGCAUGGCGUGCACCACUGCCCCUUGAGCUGCUCGCACAGCAACCAGGUCGCCGUGCCCUGCGGCUACAAGGUGAGGCGCGUGUGGCGAAAUCAGAACCUGGAGCUGUGGGGGAAGUACGUGCUUACCAGGGGUAAGGUCCUCGCGGAGAGCGUGGGAGCCGCCAGGGUCGAGAGCGAAACCAGCGCGCACUUCAAGGACGGACUCCCGGACCUGCAGGUGGAUGCAAACGAAUGGGGUCUCUUCCACGGGGCCAGCUUGCCCGCGUGCGUGAGCAUAUGCGCGACAAGCUUCUCCCACACCAAAGCGCGCAGCGGAGGGACCUGGUCUGGUCAGCUGCCGCUCUACGGGGACGGCUUCUACUUCGCGGAGCGCGUCACGAAGGCCGACGAGUACGCCAAGCCGAGCGACGAGGACCCUACUGCUUUUCACAUGCUCGUGUGCCGCGUCGUCGGAGGCCGCGUGAAAGUGCAGACGAGUAACGACAUCAACAAGGAGGCCUUGAAGCAGCAGGUUUUCAAGGGCGAUCACCACUCGGUGCUUGGCGAUCGCGUAUCCAAGCUCAACAAGCCGUAUCGGGAGUUCGUGGUGUACGAUAGCAACCAGAUAUUCCCAGAAUUUGUCGUCGAGUAUUCUCGAAGAUACUCGAGCGAAUCACCAAGAUAG